AUGCCAUAUCUUAAACUUCGAGAUGGAGCAGAGCUCUUCUACAAAGACUGGGGAAACCCCAACGGACAAAUCGUCACCUUCUCGCACGGCUGGCCCCUAAGCAGCGACAACUGGGAGAACCAAAUGGUUUUCCUGGCCGAACAAGGCUACCGUGUGAUCGCCCAUGACCGACGCGGCCACGGACGCUCGACGCAGACAUGGCAGGGAAACAACAUGGAGAAGUUUGUCGACGAUUUGGAGGAGUUGUUCGAGCAUCUCAAAGUCAAAGACGCCAUGAUGGUCGGGCAUUCGCAUGGCGGAGGCGAAGUCACCCGCUACCUAGGCAAACACGGCACGCAUCGUUUCAAGAAGGCAGUUCUCGUUGGCGCCGUGCCCCCUCUCAUGCUCAAGACCACGGCCAAUGCAGAGGGAACUGAGAAGUCGGUCUUCGACACGUUCAGACAGGCUAUGCACAACGACCGGGCACAGUUCUUCUUGGAUGUUCCCAGCGGACCGUUCUUUGGGUUCAAUCGGCCUGGUGCCAAGAAGAGUGAGGGCCAGAUUCGGAGUUGGUGGCAGCAGGGAAUGAAUACCGGCUUCAAGGCGGCAUAUGACAGUAUCAAGGACUUUUCGGAGACUGAUUUCACUGCGGAUCUGAAGAGCAUUAAUAUUCCUGUUCUGGUUCUCCAUGGCGAUGAUGACCAGGUUGUUCCUAUUGAGGCUGCUGGGCUCAAGUCUGCGAAGCUUUUGUCUCAAGGGAAACUCAAGGUCUACCCGGGAGGUUCUCACGCCAUCCACAACAUCAACAUUGACGAAGUGAACAAGGACCUGCUCGAGUUUCUGCGGUCCUGA